AUGGACAGCAGGGGUCUCAGGCCCAGCCACCGGGCCGGCUGCCAGUUGGGCUCUGAGGGGCACUCUUUCUGCCUGUUUGUGUGUCCUCUCCUCUCCAGUCUAUCAUCGCAUCCACAUUGUAACAAAAAAAAAAAGAGGGUUCGCAUAGACCUAUGGUUUCUGCAUACAUACACAAACACACACACAAACACACAGACACUUUCCCUCGCUCUUUUGGACACUCAUAGCCGUAUCCUCAUUCACUACAUGUGGACACGCCUUCAAAUUAGUGGAUUUGGCUAUUUCAGCCACACCCGUUGCUGACAGGUGUAUAAAAUCGAGCACACAGCCAUGCAGUCUCCAUAGACAAACAUUGGCAGUAGAAUGGCUCGUACUGAAGAGCUCAGUAACUUUCAUAGGAUUUCCAAGUCAGUUCGUCAAAUGUUUGCCCUGCUAGAGCUGCCCCAGUCAACUGGUUAGUUAUUGUGAAGUGGAAACAUCUAGGAGCAACAACGGCUCAGCCGCGAAGUGGUGGGCCACACAAGCUUUACAGAAUGGGACCGCCGAGUGCUGAAGCAUGUAACAUGUAAAAAUUGUCUGUCCUCGGUUGCAACACUCACUACCGAGUUUCAAACUGCCCCUGGAAGCAACGUCAGCACAAUAACUGUUUUUUCGGGAGCUUCAUGAAAUGGGAUUCCAUGGCCAAGCAGCCGUACACAAGCCUAAGAUCACCAUGCGCAAUGCCAAGCAUCGGAUGGAGUGGUGUAAAGCUCGCCACCAUUGGACUCUGGAGCAGUGGAAACGCAUUCUCUGAAGUGAUGAAUCACGCUUCACCAUCUAGCAAUCCGAUGGAUGAAUCUGGAUUUGGCGAAUGCCAGGAGAACGCUACCUGCCCGAAUGCAUAGUGCCAACUGUAAAGUUUGGUGGAGGAGGAAUAAUGGUCUUGGGCUGUUUUUCAUGGUUCGGGCUAGGCCUCUUAGUUCCAGUGAAGGGAAAUCUUAACUCUACAUCAUAUAAUGACAUUCUAGACAAGUCUGUGCUUCCAGCUUUGUGGCAACAGUUUGGGGAAGGCCCUUUCCUGUUUCAGCAUGACAAUGCCCCCGUGCAUAAAGCGAGGUCCAUGCAGAAAUGUUUUGUAGAGAUCGGUGUGGAAGAACUUGAAUGGCCUGCACAGAGCCCUGACCUCAACCCCAUCGAACACCUUUGGGAUGAAUUGGAAUGCCGACUGCGAGCCAGGCCUAAUCGCCCAACAUCAGUGCCCGACCUCACUAAUGCUCGUGGUUGAAUAGAAGCAGGUCCCCGCAGCAAUGUUCCAACAUCUAGUGGAAAGCCUUCCCAGAAGAGUGGAGGCUGUUACAGCAACAAAGGGGGGACCAACUCCAUAUUAAUGCCCAUGAUUUUGGAAUGAGAUGUUCGACGAGCAGGUGUCCACAUACCUUUGGCCAUGUAGUGUAUCACCUGCUUCUUGCUCCCCCAUCCCCCAACGCAUACACACCAUAUCAACCACACACACACACAUACCAAAUCAACUACAUAAAUGCUGUAGCUCGCCCACACCCUCAGGGAUCUUCACCACGUGAGGAUGGAGUGGGAGAGUUAGAGCUGAAAUAGCUCCUGCGCCACCAACCACAGGUCAAGUUGUUUAGGAUUCCAACCCUUUCAACCAACCAUGCUGGAAUACCUGUACAGGUAUGUAUGGUCUUAUGGUGUGGUCCUGUACGUGUGAGCCCAACCCUCUCUAUUGUCUUUGAUGAUUAUUUGAUCAGAAAAUAGAUACAUAAAAAUAGACUUAUUACGGAUCCAAAAAUUGUCUAUGUUGGUUUUAUAUUCUCUCUCUCUCUCUCUCUCUCUCUCUCUCUCUCUCUCUCUCUCUCUCUCUCUCUCUCUGUGUGUCUCUCUCUGUGUGUGUGUGUGUGUGUGUCUCUGUGUGUGUGUGUGGGCGCGCAGGCUCAAUAAGCAUGUCAGAGUGAGUCAGUGUGUGGAGGUAACAGCAGUUCUGUCUCACAAAGAGAACAAGGCAUUAUACAGCUAGUACUAUAUUAUCCGGUUAUACACCUGGACACGGAUACUAGAAGAGUAACCCUAAGGCAUUAUUCAGCUAGUACAGUAGGACACAUUAUACUAAAGAGAGGAAUACGCUGCUGAUUCUACAGAAGAACUGACAAGACAGGACAAAGGAGCCUGUUGAUUGUAGACAGCUAUGCAGCUUGUUUCAGUGAUGUAACUACCAGAUCACUAUCAUCCAACCCUCUCAGUCUACUGACUAAAGAGGAGAGAAGAGGAGAGCAAGAUAGGAGAGGAGAAAGACUAGAAGGAAGGUUAAAGAGGACUUCCCGUGCAGCUGGUUGGAGGUGUGUUUGUCAUGGCAGGGGCUCAGCCAGGGACACAUGCUCUGAAGCUCAAAUCACCGACCGUCCCCGAUACUCUGAAGAAUGGCAGCCGCUUCAUGAAAUGGGACGAUGUGAGUAUCAGUGUGUGUGUGUGUGUGUCUCUGUGUGUGUGUCUGUGUAUAGUUUGAGCUGAUUUUAGGAGUGAGAAGUGUCAGACAUUUAAGAUACAAAUGUGCACACACUUGACGUUUGUGGUUGUGAUUGCGCAUGUAAUGUUGGUUGCAAAUAUGUUUCAAUGUAGUUGCUGUGUGUGUGUGUGUGUGUGUGUGUGUGUGUGUGUGUGUGUGUGUCUGUGUGUCUGUUUGCAAUAUAGUGUGUGUUUGCAAGCGUGUGUGUGUUUGCAAGUGUGUGUGUGUGUGUGUGUGUGUGUGUUGGUAUGUUGAAGGUUUUAAGCACAGAGUAUGGAUACAGAGAAAUGUGCUGGCAUGUUGCUAUGGUAACUGCCAUGGUUUAAAUCCCUCCUCAGUUAGCCAAGAUGUUCCACCACCUAAAAGAGAGAGAGAGAGUGUGUACGUGUGUGUUUGUGUAUGUGUAUGUGUCGCUAUAUAUUUCUUAGUAGAGAGGUCAUUCGGGACCAGAGUGAUUCACGCUUAUGCAAUGCCUUAUUCAAACCCAACUCAGCUUCAAACACACACACACACACACACACAGCACACUGAAAUCACAAUACAAUAUAUUCAAAUGCACAUUACAUACGUUAUUAAAACCACCAACGUCAAGUGUAUGUGUGUGCGUUUGUGUGUGCUGAUAUCUGUCUCCACGUGGUCAGGAUCUCUCGACAGUGACUCCCAUUACCCUGACUGUGGAUCCACACGGAUACUUCCUUCACUGGACCGAUCAGAACAAGGUACACACAUGCACAUGCGCACACUUACACACACACAUACAGACAUAGACACACAGAGGAGAUGAACGUCACACCAUGCUAUUUCUCACGUUGGGACUCCUACUGUGUAUCCUGCUUCCUGCUGGGGCUUAGUCCACCUGUGUGUGUCCCCCUGUGUGAGUGUGUGUAUGUGUUGAUUAGAGUGAAUGAUGAAUAUUAUAACAUCCCUCUCACUCCUUCUCAUGUCUUUACUCUCCCUCUCCCUCUCACUCUCUCCCUCUCUAUCUCUCCUGUAGGAGACAGAGUUUUUAGACAUCACCCAUAUAAAGGAUGCCAGAACAGGGAAGAGCACCAAAACACCAAAGGUACUUAACUCCCAGGACAUCCCAACCCUGACCUCUGACUCUUGACUAAGGUGCGUCAAAUCAGGCUCCUGUUGGUUUACAUAAUGACCUUUGAUUCAGAGUCUGAUUCAGACCUCAGAAAAAAUGGUGUGUUGUUUCACUAGCCAAUUAACAAUACAAAUCAGUAACACUGAUCAAUUAAGUACCAGGUGGAAAUGAAAACACAUUUUGCCCUUGAGGACUGGAGACGACACCCCUGGUCUAACCUUUGAACCUGACCUUGACCUCUAACCCCUAACCUGCUGUCCUCCCUAGGAGGCGAAGCUGCGUGAGCUGCUUGAUGUGGGGAACCUGGUUGGUCGUAUAGAGAACCGUCUGUUGACCGUAGUCACAGGACCGGACAUGGUCAACAUCACGUACCUCAACUUCAUGGCCCUGCAAGAGGAGGAGGCCACGGUACACACACAUACAUAUUCGCACACACACACACACACACACACACACACACACACACACACACACACACACACACUGUUCUUCUCUCUCUCUUUGUGUUGAAUAGGAGUGGGCUGUGGAGCUGUUCUCUCUGGCCUCCAACCUGCUGAGUCACAACAUGAACAGAGAAACCAGUCUGGAGAAAGCGUGAGUCUAUCAGGAAAACUCAUUUUGGGGCUGAAUCUCCAUUAGGUGAAACAGCGCCACUGGAAGCCCCAGGCACAUUUGUUAUUGUUUUGGUUUUGUUCAUGAAAGGAGGAAAGGAGCAUCCAGCGUCAUGGUAAAAAAAAAUCAUAGUACAUACAGUACCUUUCUGUUCAUGCAGUGAGGUGCAAUGUUGUCCGAGGGAGAAACAACAGUGUUCGUUGUUUUAAGUAACGUAUUUGUUGUUGUAAUAUCACAAACGGAAGUAGCAGUUUCACCACGACAGAUUCCAGCUUUAAAGGGAAUUGUUGGUGUCAGCCAGAUCCGUGAUAGCGAUGGAGAUCACUGGAAAUGUAGGUGUGACAGAGGUGUGUUUAUUCUUCAGUUUCUCGCUCCCUUUUUCCCAAUCUUUCUCUAACAGGUACGUCAGACUGACCUUGCAGCCAAACUCAGAGGGGCGGAUCCCAGUGAAGAAGUGAGUGAAUCCCAUUGGUUCCUCAAUAAUUUUAGGGGGUCGUCCUGAGCAAGGCAUUGUGCAGUAUCACUGAUCUAUAUAAAUCACCUGGUAUCCUAAAUAACCACUAAUUAUGGGAUCAAGAUUAGUGAAUCUGUGCAGCGCUCAUAGAGAUAGAUAGAGGACUCAUCUUUAUAUCUGUGCCAUUAUAGCGUCUGUGACAGCAUGAGCAGCGCCAUUGAAGCUAUAACCCAUAGGAAUCCCCACCCAGUUGACUAAUUUGACUACUUUAAAAUGGUGGAAGCAUGGUAGAAGCCCUCAAUGGCACUUCCCAUGCUAAAACUGCCUUUUGGCCACUAGAGGCCUCUAUCAUUCUCUAUGGCAGUGCUUUGCUCAGGACCCAUCCCUUCGAACACUGAUCGUCACUCCCGUGUCUGCUGAUUAACUUCCUGUGAAUCCUGUAGGAUGUGAUUGAUUGAUAUUGUGCAUGUCCCACCCCUUUUACCCAGCAUCGUCCGCAUGUUCUCAGCAGACAAAAAGAGAGUGGAGACGGCCUUGGAACACUGCAACCUACCCUUUGGACGGGUAUACAUUAUUACUAUGGAAUACUAUAUAAUAUAACAAACUAUACAAUAUUAAAACUGGUAGCACUGGUGGUAUUUUAAGUGGUAGUUCUUUCCUCCCACAUUAAAGCCAACUGUUAAAAUCAUCACUUCUUGAUACCUGACUCAUCUCAGUGAUAUGUGUUCCUCUGCAGAGCAACUCUAUUCCCCUUGAGGACUUCACCCCUGACAUUUACAGAUCAUUCCUCUCCCACCUCUGUCCUCGGCCAGAACUCAGCUCAAUCUUCUCUCAGCAGUAAGUACUAUCAGUACCUCCUGGCCUCAACUUUAAACCCUGACCCUUUCUGACCCUUCCUCUCCAACCUCUGUCCUUCGACCAGAACUCAGCUCAGUCUUCUCUCAACAGUAUGUACAGUCACUAAUUCCUGACUCUCUCUCGCUCUCUCUUUCUGCAGGGGUGCUAAGGGUGCUUACCUGUCUGUGGAUCAGAUGACAGAGUUUAUUAAUGAGAGGCAGAGAGAUCCUCGUCUGAAUGAGAUUCUAUAUCCUCCUCUCAGACCCUCUCAGACACAGACCCUGAUGGAGAAAUAUGAACUCAACCAGAGCCUGCUCAAACAAGGUGUGUGUGUUUUGUGUGCAUGCAUUUGUGCCUGGGUGUAAUCUUGAGUGUGUGCAUGAAUGCAUACUUGUUUGUGUGAGUGUAUGAGUGUGUAUAACCCUCCGUUGUGUGUGUGUAUGUGUCCUGUAGGCCUGAUCACGUUGGAGGGGCUCAGCAGAUACCUGGUGUCUGAUGAGAAUGGAGUGAUUCCUCCUGAGAAACUGGACCAGUCUGAAGACAUGACCUUCCCUCUGUCUCACUACUUCAUCAACUCCUCACACAACACCUACCUCACAGGUACACACACAAACGUGCGCACAUGAGCACACGCACGCACACACCUAUUAUUUGUUGACUCGCACACUAUCGCACUUGGAAGCUGAUGACAAAUCUACUUUAUCUGUGUGUAUGUAUAUUUAUAAAUGUGGUGUGUGUGUGUGUGCGUGUGUGUAGCUGGGCAGCUGGCAGGAAGUUCAUCAGUGGAGAUGUACCGUCAGGUGAUGUUGGCAGGCUGUCGCUGUGUGGAGUUGGACUGUUGGAAAGGACGGACCGCAGAGGAGGAACCAGUCAUCACACACGGCUUCACCAUGACCUCAGAGAUCUGCUUUAAGGUACACACACACAAACAUACGCAUGCUCUGAAAACUCCUGCGUCAAAGCUAACUCCAUUCCUCUGUGUCAAGGCCAGAUUAGUCUUUGCAACAAAGAAACAAUGUUUCCUGCUUGCCUUGUCCAUGUGCUUCUAAAACUUAGCAUUUUAUACGGAUAUAGUCUAUAUCUGAUAAUAACUUAUAUACAUGUACAUAAAAUAUAACUUCUCCUUUUGCUCUACAGGAGGUGAUUGAAGCCAUCGCUGAGUGUGCUUUUAAAACCUCUCCUUUUCCUGUCAUCCUGUCCUUUGAAAACCAUGUGGACUCGUGAGUAAACAUAGAGAUGAAUAGGUGAAUAUACUACAACAUCUUUGGUGAACUGCUCUUUAAUCCUGACCCCUGACCUCUAAUCCUAACAGGCCAAAGCAACAAGCCAAGAUGGCAGAAUAUUGUAGGUCGAUUUUUGGAGAUGCACUACUGAUAGACCCACUGGAGAAAUAUCCUGUACGUUUUUAGCACACACAUGCACGUACCCACCCACUUCCCCCCCCCCCACACAUAUGCAUAUACGCAUGCACACACGCUCUGAUAUGUGUGUUUGUGUGGGGGGUGGGUUGGUGUGUGUGCAUUUGUUUGUGUGUGUGUUAGCUGGAGUCUGGGGUACCCCUGCCAAGUCCUCAGGAGCUGAUGGGUAAGAUCCUCAUCAAGAACAAGAAAUCCCACAAGCCCUCGGCUGCCCAUGGCAACAACCGACUAGCAGGGCAGCCAGCCAACCAGAGCGCAGCAGAAGAACAGGCGACAGAUGAACCCUCGUCUCCUAGCAACAUCACAGUUGGUGAGCCUGUCUGCAAGUGUGCUCUAAUGUAUAAAAAUUAUGAUAAUAAUACAAAUCAUGUUCAUCAUUUUCACCACUAUCAUCAGAGCUGGUGAGGGUCUCUAGAAGCCUUUUAUAAGAGUUGGCAAACAUUUUUCACUUUUUAAGUAUAUGAAAAUGUAAACCGAUUUUUCUCUUCUUUCAGGAGAAAUAGAGGCUGAAGACGAUGACGAUGACGAUGAUGAUGACGAUGACUGUAAGAAGACGUCAGAUGAAGUGAGUUCAGUAGCUUGUACUCUGCUACCAUGGUUACUUGGUUACCCUUUAACACUGGUGAUGUACUGUAGGUUAGAGGUGAAGGGUCAGGGUUGGGGUAACAUGGCUGCCUGUUAUGUGAUGGCUUUGUCUCCAGGGGACAGCAGAGGAACGGGAGGCCGUAGCCACAGAGGAGAUGUCCACUCUGGUCAACUACGUCCAGCCCACCAAGUUCAACUCUUUCGAGGCUUCCAAAAGUAUUCUGGCUCAGUGCAAAUACACACAGACACACGCACACAUGCACACACCCACGCACGCACAAACGAACACACACAAACACAUAAUAAACCAUUAUGUUCUUUCCCCAGAGGUUAAUCGUAGCUAUCAAAUGUCAUCAUUUGUGGAGACUAAAGCUCUGGAGCACCUCACCAAGUCGCCCGUGGAGUUUGUGGAGUAUCCUUAAGAUUCAGCUGACCUCUAAAUAACCCCAACUGUAACCCUGAACCCUAACUCAACUCCAGUAUUAGUUUGUAGUGUUGUUGAUUACUUUCAUCUCAAGGGUCGCUUUGCUCUAUCUUGGCUUAUUCCAUUGAAGAAUAGCUGCACAUGAGUCUCAUCAAAGCAGGUGACUAUACAAAGGCCCUACUCUACUCGCUGUAAUGUCAUGUAAACGUCUUUAACCUGUCCUCUCAGAUAUAACAAGCAGCAGUUGAGUCGUAUCUACCCUAAAGGCACGAGGGUGGACUCCUCCAACUACAUGCCACAACUCUUCUGGAAUGCUGGCUGCCAGCUGGUGGCACUCAACUUCCAAACUAUAGGUGAGGCAUUUUGAUUGUGUUGCCUUGGAUGUGAUCUAAUAAAACCAAUUGUUCACAAACUAUAGGUGAGGCUGCACUGCUUACUUGACCUAUAACCACUGACCUCUCUUAAACUCUGACCUCUCUCUCGCAGACCUGUCUAUGCAGUUGAACCUGGGCAUGUAUGAGUACAAUGGGAAGAGCGGCUACAGACUGAAACCAGAGUUCAUGAGAAGACCAGACAAACACUUUGACCCGUUCGCUGAGAGCACCGUGGACGGCAUAGUGGCCAACACUGUCAAGGUCAAGGUAAGAGUUACAGAAUACCAUAACACAACACACUGUCUGCCAUGGUUAACUAAUUAACCAGUUAGUUUAGACUAAACUGUGGUUAUGAAAUGAGCGUCUCUCUCCUACAGAUAAUCUCAGGCCAGUUUCUGAGCGACAAGAAGGUAGGUGUGUACGUAGAGCUGGACAUGUUUGGUCUUCCUGUGGACACCAGGAGAAAAGCCCUGAAGACCAAGACGUCCCAGAGCAACGCUAUCAAUCCAGUCUGGGACGAAGAGCCAAUUAUCUUCAAGAAGGUGAGAAACAGUCUGACCGCCAUAAGACGGGACUGUGUUAGCCUUCUGAGCUAAAGCCUAGGCAAAUCUUCAGGUCUCAGCAAGCUGUAUAACCAUAGAACACGAGUGUAUAAUAUUGAAGUGUAACAGUAUAACUUUGUAAAACGGUAGUAUUUUAACUGUAGAACUGUGUAUAAUAUUAAAGUAUAUCCAUGUGUGACUGUGUAUAAUUGUGUUGUUGCAGGUGGUUCUCCCCACGUUGGCCUCUCUGAGAAUUGCUGCGUUUGAAGAAGGAGGAAAGUUCAUAGGUCACCGUAUUAUCCCUGUGCCAGCCAUACGGCCAGGUAAACAUGAUAUUUAACUGUAAACAGUAAACUCUGCCUCUGCAAUGAGUUUGUCAUCUCUUUCUCUGUAGUCCCUAUUGUCCUCAGGUUAUUAACUGUGUUUUGUCCAUCUCAGGUUAUCGCUACAUUGGCCUGAGGAAUGAGAAGAACCAGUCUCUGAUUCUGCCUGCUGUGUUUGUCUACAUUGAAGUGAAAGACUAUGUCCCAGACACCUUUGCAGGUAGGUCUGGUAUACGACAAUGCCUGGAGGUCUCUAUGUAAACUUAGUACCUUCUUAGAGUUCAGUUUGUCCACAUGGUAUCAAGGCUAAUCCCUAGUGUGUGUGUGUCUGUGUGUGCGUGCGUGUAGAUGUAAUCGAGGCGCUGUCUAACCCCAUCCGAUAUGUGAAUCUCUUGGAGCAGCGGUCCCAGCAGCUGGCUGCUCUCACUCUGGAAGAAGGGGAGGAGGAGACAAGCAAAGAGGUUUGUGGUUGAAAAUUAUGGAGAGUAAAAACAAUGUACGUAUUUAGAAGUACUGUUACAUUGCUGUUGUUGAUGGUGGAGAUAGUAAUGUUAAAUGUUGUUGAUGUUGUUGUGUUAUUGUAUUAAAGGUUGAGGCUAAUGCUGAUCAGCCCGGGCUUGCUGAGCCAAAAGCCAACCUACGAUCUGCUCCUUUGGAGAACGGUCUCAGGCCCAGCCCUACCAUCACACCCAGGACUCCGACUAAUACACCCCAGCCUGCAGCUACAGGUAACCCCUGACCUCUGACUCCUCCUGACCCUGACCCACUAACUUCUAAUCUGCUAUCGCCACAUCAAGACUGCUACAAUGUCACUGCAGAUGUAUUGAUGGAGCACGCCAACCAAUCAUAGUCUUUUCUAGUUGUUUCAGAACCAACCAAACCAGCAGCGAAGACUGAAGACAUGGUGCAGAGCGUUCUGAUAGGUCAGAGGAGAAAGGGGGGAGGGGUUGUGUGUGGUGGUGUGUUGUCAGUAUAAGAUAGUAUGGCUAUGGUGUGUAGUCUAUGUGUUCGACUGUGUGGUCUCUGCCUGUUCAGAUAUGGAGGCGGCCACACUAGAGGAGCUCAGGCAACAGAAGCUGAUAGUGCGGGAGCAGAAGAGACACUACAGGGAGAUGAAGGAUGUGGUGAAGAGACACCAGAAGAAGACUUUGGAGAUGGUGAAGGAACAGACCACCAAGUACAACCAGGCUCAGAACCAACACACACGCAGACACAACGCUCUACUGAAGACUAAACAACAUGGUAAGACAAGGUAGGUAGGGUGGAGGGUAGGGAGAUCUGGUAGAGUGUAGGGUUGUGUGUGUCUGUGUGUGUUGUCCCUAAACCCUUGACUCAUGUCCUGUGUGUGUGUGUGUGUGUGUGUGUGUGUGUGUGUGUGUGUGUGUGUGUGUGUGUGUGUGUGUGUGUGUGUGUGUGUGUGUGUGUGUGUGUGUGUGUGUGUGGUAGAAGUUUGUCACCCGGAGGGAAGGCUGAACUGAAGCAGUUUGAUGAGGAGGGAGAGGGGCAACUGGGGGAGCUGAGAGAACAACAACAGCAACAGCUACUGGAGCUGAGACAGGAACAAUACUACAGUGAGAAAUACCUCAAACGAGAACACAUCAAACAGGUAACACACACACACACACACACACAGAUUAUAUAUUAUAUAAUUGUACAUUCCAAUACUGUAUAUCACCACUAUUGCAGCUGAGUGAGAAACUGACUACGGUGACUGAGGAAAGCCAGAACAACCAGAUGAAGAAAUUAAAAGACAUCUGUGACAAGUGAGUUUGAUAUGACUGUGAGACAGCAGUUUAACAGAGAUGUGAAGUUAGUGUACUAUAGAGAUAACUGCAUAUAAAAUAUAUAAUUUGUGACGCUCCACCUUUGCAGAGAACAGAAAGACCUGAAAAAGAAAAUGGACAAGAGGAGAACAAAGAAAAUUAAAGAAGCUAUGACAAAAGAGAAGCACUUGGCGGAAGAGUAAGUGUACAAAACCCUAUAACUUUAAUCAUUAAACCCUCUCCCUGGCUCUGGGACUGAAGAGACAAACUUUGUAGCCUUUUACUGCUAAGGUAGACUACUAUCCCCCGCCUCAGCCUGACCCCAUUAUCCAGUGGCAGAGAUCACUUCACACACCUCUGUGUUAGGGUCCGACCAGGUUUCCAGGGAACUCAGUCAGCUGACCUGGUCAGCCAAUCACAGACCCUAUCUGAUAGGAUAACAGCCCCCCCCCUACCAUCAGUACCUCAGUCUCUCACUGCAGCUAACCUCCUUGCUACACCAACAGCCAAGGACUCACCUAUGGUCCUCACUCCUUGGCCGCUUACUCUCUGGACAUUCCACCACUGGUGUUAGUGCAUUCAUGACCAUAAAACCACUAUUCACUACCACUAGUUCCCUCCACUGUAAAGUCAUGUGUGCCUGUCUUGGGUGUGAAAUAAAGUGUGAAUUGUAUCCCUGUCUUCUGCUGGUCAUUAUCAGUCCUCUUACCGGGACUCUGGGACAGCUGUAUCUAUACUAAACCGACACCUCUUUCGGAGACCACGAUCAACAGGUGGUGCUCUUUUUCAUGGUUAGGUACAAUUGUGCUAGACUAUGACCAGUAGCGACGGGAUGCAGUUCCCACCGCAUGCCAUGCCCCUGACCAGGCACGCACACCGGCGAGAAGAGGAGGACCGGAGACACCAGCGCAUAUGGAAGGAGCUCCAGCAAAGAGAACUCUAUGUUUGUGUGUGUGACACAAAGAGAGGCCGGAUUUCUGUAUGUAUGACUUUAUAUAUUCUUCUGUUGUUAGGGAGAAGUUGGAGAUCAACAAAUCAUAUGUGAAUGAAGUGGUACAGAACAUCAAGAGGGUAAGGAUGGAAGGAUUAUGGGUCAGAUAGUCUCUCGUGGCCAGACAUCACUCCAUACUCUCGUUGGAGAAUCAGCGGCGUGACGUCUGGUACUGUUAUUUUCCUGUGAAGUGAUAGAGCUUCCAGGAUGGAGCGGGCCAGUCACUGAAGGUAACCUCUCUCUUCCCUGCUCUAGCUGGAGGAUGCCCAGGCAAAACGCCAAGAGAGACUGGUGGAGCAGCACAAAGACAUCCAGCAGCAGAUUCUUGAUGAGAAACCAAAGGUGACAUACCAACUAACCCAUGACCUCUUACCUUUAACUCCGUAGCCCUAACCCUAAACCUCUAGCACCUAACUCUAACCCCUGACCUCUACCCCUUACUCCUAACUCUGACUCCAGCUGCAGGGUGCAGUGGAGGCGGAGUACCAGGAGAAGUUCCAUCUGUUGCCGGGGGAGAUCCAGGACUUCCUGCAGAAUAGGAAAGGAGGGGUCAAAGGUCUAGUCGGGCCCCGCCCCUCCACCCCCCAUGACAUGCUCUCUGAGGAGGAACUAGAGGAUGACCGGAGGGAGUGAGAAAGAGAGAAGGCGAGAGGAGAUAGAAAGAGAGCUUUUCUUCUUAAUGAAUGCUGGUUUAGUACUGCACUCUACAGGUAGUCCUGGAGAAUUUGUAUUGUUAUCUUAUCUGUAGCAUAUUGUAAACUUUUUGAGAGAUGAGAUUUGAUAUAUACUCCUACUGCUACAUUGUACUCUUGCCUGCCUUUAAUGGUGCUUUCAAGACAACUGGGAACUCGAGAAAAAAAACGAUCCUGACGUCAGUGAUUUUCCGGUCGGAGAGUCAGAGCUCUAGAAAGAUGCUUGAGUUUCCGAGUUGGAAUUCCGAGUUGGAUGACCGUUCAAAACUAUUUUUCCCAGUCGGAGCUCGUUUUUUUGCGAGUUCCCAUUUGUCUUGAACGCAUUGAAGUCGGAUAUUUCCGAGUUCUGAGUUGUUUUGAAAGCGCCAUUAUUGCCGCGUUCACAUGCUAGUCUCAACUCUGACAUUUCAGAUUUGCUGAUUCGUUGAACGCGGCAUGUGUAUAACUACAACCAGUUAGCAAGUCAGCCAUUUCAGAGUUUCCUUGUUCCGACUAGCACGUGAACGCGGCAUAUACCCCAUGCAAGCGAUGCAUUCCUACGUUAUACUUCCGUGUUCAUGUCCUUGUAUUUUUUAUGGACAUGGCGAUUAUAUCAUCAAAUUUAUGAAAACGCUGUUAUAUAAAAUAUCAAAUUAUAUUUGUGAAUGAAUUUACUUCUGCCAAAUGCCUUUCAUUUCGUUUUUGUGCUGAAGACCAUUCAUUACGUUUUUGCCCAUUGAAAACCAUUCAAAAAGCCAACAAAAUUAAAAUCCUACAAGGCUACUUGCCACGUCACUUGGUCUAGUUGCAGGGUUUCCAAAACUCGGUUUCCCCAAGGGGUGCAAGCUUUGUUUUUUGCCCUAGCACUACACAGCUGAUUCAAAUAAUCAGCUAAUCAAGCUUUGAUAAUUUUAAACAGCUGUGUAGUGUUAGGGCAAAACCCAAAACGUGCCCGCUUGGGGUCCCGAGGACCGGGUUUGGGAAAUGCUGGUCUAGUGGCUGAACAGUGUGUUGCAUGAGGCCAAGCAAAGAACAUGUUAUUAUUCUACUGACCACAUCUUGACCUCAGACACGGUCCUGUUGUUCUGACCACAUGUGGUUCUUAUCUAGUCAUAGGGUUGGGGUAGUCAGUCUACUGCAGUUAUACUGCACUCUGACCACAAUCUUUUUUUGUAAGGGUGGGCUAAGCUUUAGCCCUGGGCUGAGGAUUCACACUUGUAUUCCAAAGCCCUGGGCUUACAGAAAAAUACACAUGCAACCAACAUUCUAUCUCUGCCACGCAAUCAAUGUUAAGCAAUAAGGCAUUUUAUUUAUUAACAAAUUAUUUCCUCUUGCUUCUAGUCUAGGAUUUUAUUUCCAACAGUGAUGGUUUGUAUACAACUUGUUGUCUGCCUGUCAGACCUGGGAAACAAUGUUUCACUUGUGACAUGCUAUAUCGCCCCUGUACAGUGAAUGCUGUGCACGGACGAGACAUCAACUUUUCUGAUCCAAGCGAAAUCAUGCAACAAUAUGAUUAUCAAGGAUAGCUAUAUCCAAUUCAAUGUUAAUAGAAAAUCUAUGAAAACAGAUGAAAAUGGAAUGUAAGCUGCCCUUCCUGCUGUAGAGUUAUUGGCUUCUUCAGUUGGCUAGCUAGCUACGUGAGAAGACGUUAGCCAGCCUGCAUAGCAACCGUUUUUGUUAGCCAUAGCAACCAAUGUUUUUGCAUGGAUGAAAUUUAAGUAUUUCGUGUUUUUGUUCGAUUUCUUAGCUGACGGGAGGAUGAAAUAGUACACAUUUACUUAAAAUACCAUGCAGAACGCAUCACAAGCAUAUGCAAAUUAAUUGAAAGUGCAUCUUUUGUGAUUGAACAAUGAAAAUGCUGUGUUGUUCCUGUCCUCUUUUCACACUGGCUAUUUUGGCACGUGUUUGGGGCUAACCCCGAAAAGUCGGUGCUAACCCUGCUCCUGAUCAGGGCCAGCUAGCCCAGGCUGCGCUAAGGUUGGUGCUAGCCCACUUUAAAAUGUGCAAGUGUGAACACUCGCUUAGUCCCGGGAUAACAUCUCCCUUAGACCAGGGCUAAGGAGGCUCUUAGCCCUGGGCUAAGGUGCAGUGUUAAAAGCACCUAAUAAUUGUUUUCUACUUGGUAUUAAUGCUUUUAGAGUUUUAUAUGCAGACGUUUUGCUAACGACAUUGAUCUGUUAUUUAAAAACGAUGAGCUGUUGAUUGUUUGGUUCCUUACACUUUCAGGGAUGCAUGACUUUAUGCAGCAUUUUUGUUGAAUGUUUAAAAUGUACUAUUAUAUGCUUAAUAACAUGGAUGUACUGGUUCAAUCAUAAUUAAUGACUUAGUUUGUUUCAUGUUAGUUAAUUAGUUUCCUUUUAGAUAUUUAAUACAAUUAUAUCCCAAUUAUUUUUCACAAUUUCUAACUCCUGAUGUAGUGUAAAAUAACCAAAUAAAAUGUCAGAUCCGACAAAGAUUUAGUAGUGGUUUCACAUGGGACCUGCAACAAUGUGUUGCAACUGGCUAAGUAUGUUUUUUUUUUUUUUUUUUUUCUGUAAGUACUGCACUUUACUUCACAUCUGUUUGACUAUUUUACUGGGGUUAAAUGUCUGUUUUGAUAAAACUAAAUUAGUAUACUGUAGUAAUUACAAAAAAAGAAAGUUGUAUUAAGUUUGAUCUAUAAUUUGGAUCAAUAAAAUGACAUGAAUUCCUAGGAAGAAAACCUAUUUGUCAACAUGUUAUGGAAUUCCAAACUGUGUUUAACUCUUUUUGAAUAGGAUUCUGGUAAUUAUUUGAAUGUUUUUGAUGUAUAUAAUUGUAUUGGAUUUAUUUGUAUAUAGUUGUAUUUAUUUGAUUGCAGUAAUAUAUUGAAUAAUAAUAAGAAAAGUCAAAGAUAAGAUGGGUGUUAAUAGUAAGAAUGUUACUAUAAUUAUUUAUUUAUUUAAUUUUCAAAGUUGUUCUAACUUGUAUGGAGCCUUUGCUCUCAGUAAAGCCCCUUGUUUUUGUGAUUACUUGAAGCACAUUUGACUAAAAUAUUUAUUCUGAAAUUAGAUGUGUGUAUUUUCUUUCAUUAAAAUAAUAUAUAUAUUUUUGUCAUUUAGCAGACGCUCUUAUCCAGAGCGACUUACAGGAGCAAUUAGGGUUAAGUGCCUUGCUCAAGGGCACAUCGACAGAUUUUUCACCUAGUCGGCUCAGGGAUUAGAACCAGCGACCUUUCGGUUACUGGCACAACGCUCUUAACCACUGAGCUACCUGGUACUCAUCUAACUGGUCUAACUGGUACUCACAAAUGCAAACAUUACAUAAGUACAUACACUUACCUGAAACCAAUGACAAAAGGUUAUUUUAACAGCCAUACAAAACAUUAUAACAUCUGCCAGUCGUUAUUUGAACUGGCAACAGCUCUCCCUGCUGGACAGACGCUUGACAAAUGUGUUACAGUGUUCUUCUUCUUCUUCUUCUUCUUCUUCUUCUUCUUCUUCUUCUAUAAUAUCAUGGCGGUCCGCAAACAAUCGUUUAAGUGCAUGCCGCCACCUACUGUGCUGGAAUGUAUGAUCAAUCAUGAUCUGCCCAAUUCUGUACUACCAUGAAAAUAAAAUUCUAAACCAAAUAAAUCCCUAACUUCUACCACACCCUCUCCCCUCCCCCCCAAAACCAUUACACUUUAUCUAUAUCAUGCUGAAACACUCCACCCUUUGGAUUGUUCAGCAUGUUAACAACCAUUUCAACAGUAACAUCUGUUACCCUCAAUAUCUCUUUUGCCGUCUCCACAAUAACCUUCAACCUGACAUUUCUGCUUUCCACAACCCGAGUCGUAUUGAUAACCUUACCAAGAAAAGCUAUGAAGUCAACUUUAUUAAUUAUCAAAGUGUCCUUUGACACCGCACAUUCAUGAGCACAAGUUUUUGAACAGGCCUCGAAACCAUGGACCAUCAGAAGCACCACCCCCGACAGUACAGUACACUUACUACAGGUACAUCCAUGUAAGCUCCAUCAGUCAGCACUGUAGUUCUACCAAUCUGUUUUAUGGCCUCUGCAUACGAUACAUCAUGACUGAUCCUCUGAGCCUCUCUCGGUCCCUGGCAUCCACCAAAUGCACACUGUGUUCUCCCCCACAAUUACAGCAAUUAACCUUCACAUUGCUUCCACAUUCACCAUAAUCAUGUGCCCCUCCACACUUGGCACAUCUUUUCUUUCCUUUACACUGAGCAGCUACAUGUCCCAUUCUUUGGCAUUUAAAACACUGCAGUGCAUAUGGUACAAAUUCUCUAACAUUGAAACUAAGGAAUCCUAUCUGUACUUUCCCCGGCAAGACUUUCUCAAACCUCAGCAUCACUGAUAAACGUUCACUUAUUUGACCCUCUUUCCUACUGAUCAACCUUUUGGCCUCAAUCACUCUGCCUCCCUUCACAUUUUCUUUAAUAUCAUCUGUGGACAUAGAUAUUGGGACCCCAGUGAUGACGCCCCCCAAUAUAGCAUAAGCACCAGGGACAUGGCUUUUAAUCUUCUUCCCAUUAAGCUUUUCCAUUUUCAGAAUCUUCUCUUGCUGAGCCUGGCUACCACACAAUAUUAACAAUCUACCAUUUCCAAUGAAGCGAGCUAAUUUCACUUCACUUACCUCUUUCUUUACGGCAUUAGUUAGUCGGAUAGGGUGUAAGUGAGGCCCUGUGGUCUCAUCAAACACUAUCACCACUUUCCAAUCCAACACAUCACUACUCUUGCUUCCUACCUUGGCCCUCUUUAUGCUUUCUGUAUCAUGAUCUCUCUUCUUCCUAUGUCUUUCCACUACCGACCAUUCCGAUCCUUGAUCCUCAUCCUCCUGCUCCAUACACUCAGAACUGACACCCAUAUUGUUCGCAUUCCAGCACAGCUGUUGCUUCACCAACUUUUUCCAAGUUUCCUCCAUUUCGUCCGCACUACUGCAAACUCAGAGUAAGAAUGAAAGAGUAAUUUGUCAAAAGAGAGGAUAAAAAAAUCAUUGGUAAGCCAAAUUUGAACAAUGAAAUACAUGUUUUAAAAGUCAAAAGCUCCAAUGUCAUUAUAUUCUGUAUACCUCAUUGUAGUUGUAUUUUAUUUAUUGUUGAUUUUUUUUUUUAAUGUUUGGCUUAGAAAUAACAAUUUCCUCGCUAUACACUGAUUACAGUCUGUGCAGUUGUGGGGGAAAACGCACGCGACCUUUGAUUGUUUUUGUGCCAUUUCUUUGCUUUUUGAGAGUGUGGAGUGUACCUUUUGUUCUGGUGCUCUCAUUCAAGUGACAAUGACAGCCUGUCGAUCAAGAUGCAUGGAACCCGCCCCCUUCACCCCUCCUGCUCCCUGGCCGUAGCAAGCUGAGAGCAGUGAAGACGAGGUAGCUAGUUUUGAAGCCGUGGCAUAAAUGAUCUCAUCUCAGCCCGAUCUCCGCUUUCUACAGAGGACCCUAUGACCAACACCGGAAUAAAGUAAAAUAAAGGUACGCUAAAUGAAUUAACCGACUCUAUUUAUUUGUUAGGAUUGAUAUGGGGUUUUUAUUGAAAUGUUUAUCUCCGAAACUCUUGUCAAAUGUUAGUCUGGUGAGGGAGGGGAGGGGAAGGCGGGGGGAGUGUUAGCUACACAUUUAGCUAGGUAGCUAACGGUAGUUAGGUAGCUAAACCAUUUUCAUGCGGAGGUAUCCACGCCAGUUCGGCAGAGUGGAUAAAUUAUGUAGUUGGAAAAGGGAAGUUUGUCAUUUUAAAACGGUGUUGUAAUAAUCUACCCCAAUGAUAUCCGUUAUUUUAUAGUUCAAUGAUUAUAUCUCAAGAGUGGGAAUCAGCUAGCUACAGUAGGUAGCUAGUUAUUUCAAAAUGGCCUCAUCUCCGUUGUCGCCCCAUAGUCGCUGUUGCUCGACCUAGACAAAGCAUGCGGUACAGCUACCAGAGAAGGACACGAGCUAUUGCAGUGAGUGCAAUAUAAAUAACUAAUUUCAUUAUGUACAUAUUUGUGUAUUAACCUAUUAUGAAUUGCAGGAUACACACUCGCACUUUUGGGUAGUCAGCUAAUUUCUCCAUUCAAAUAAGCAUAAGCGGCAGUGGAAAUACUGUCAACGUCAGUACUGUGGGGGAGGGGAGACAACUCCUAGGUGGAGCCAGAGACGAGGAGGAGGAUCUCUGGUGGCGCUGUGGGGGUUAAUGCUCUUUUAUGUAUUAAGCCUUGUAGCUCUUUGACGUUUAGAACGGUGUAAUGUAACUGAGGCCACAGAGUACAACAAGCACAGCAUACAGGAAUGAGGUUCCCUCCUUACAUUUGGUACUGACAGAUUAAUUGAUUGGAGUAAACCUUGAUUCAUCAAAACAUUGAUUCAGCUUGAAGUGUUGUAUGUUGGCUUGACCUAUGUUUUGUUUUUAUUAUAGCCACAUUAAUCUAUUAAAUCCUAUUUGUCAAUGGAUUUCAGCCUAACAGAUUUGUAUUGAACAGUCCUUUUUAGGUUUGCAGUGUUCAUAAAGAGCAAUAAGGCCCCCUCCUGGCACCAGUAACUCGUUUUUGUCUCAUCAAAAUGAUUGCACCUCUUUUUUCCUUGUUUUCAGAUAUCCAAUCAGCUAGACUCCCUUAGUAGAAACCUAUUGUUUGGGGGUGGAUUGAAGCAUUAGCAUGAAGCAUGUGUUGUUGUUACUUGUGUAGUAUUUUGCUUCUUAGCUAUAAAUUCUCCAUUAUUUUUGACAGGCACCACUAAGGUAACAAAAGAGAAACAGAGAAAGUACAUUCAUGUGUCUGCCUCACAUUUUGUAUUUUGAAUAGGGUACCUGGCAACGCUGCUCAUGAAUUGGACUAGAACAUAUGCAGAAAAUUAUUAUUUGGGUUCUAGCAACUUGGAACACAUCAACAUUUGCUGAAUUUGACAGUUUUCUUGUACUCCAGAGGUUUGUAUCAAAAACAGACUGUUUGUCCAUUCUAUCUGUGGUCUGACGCAGGGCCAUUUGCAGUGUUCAGUUGUUGCAGCUAACAUGAUCUUAGAUUUCAGUAAGGGCACCAGUCCAAUUAUGUGACAGAUCGUUUUUCAUCAUGGUUUAUUGAUGGCUAAUGACAUUAGAAGCACAUUAUCACCCUCUAGUGAAAGCAAUGGUUAGGCUAAGUGGUGGGCCAUAAAGUCUGCAUUCAAGUUAGGUUCAUUAACACACUCAAAGCACUCUCCUGAUUACUUCCAAUGGUGAAAACAUACAGUAAAUGCGACAGUGUCACUUGUGAUAGCAUUUGUUGCUCCAGUACGGAGAUGUCCACUCAGGUAGGACCGAAGCUCAAUAUUCCUCGCUUGGCAGACUGAUAGAUUGUGCCCCUGCAGCCCAAGAAUAGAUAGAUACAAGACAUUGCUUAUUAGGAACAUUGCAUAAGUUGCUAUUAUCAACUGUGUGCUUUUUUGCCAUAAGCUAGUAUAGUGUUAAAAUAAUCUAUUAACUGCAAAUGUUUGCUGUUUUGAACCAAAUGUGUCUUGUCUUUUUUAGUUUCCUUUAUUGCAUACUUGCCUCCUGUUUGAUAUAAUUUCUUGCUUCGUAGAUGGUUGAUCCAUGUAGCAGAGUAGUAACUUCAAUUACUGCCCCACCCACUGCUCUCUCUGAGGAGAUGCACACCCUGACAGAAGUUCCUUUGUUUUAGUCUGUAGUGUGAAGUCACACAGGCUCCUGUCCUGUGUUCUCUCCCUACUCUGCUCUUCCCUGCUUGUUGUUCCCUUGGAGUUUUACAUUUACAUUUUAGUCAUUUAGCAGAUGCUCUUAUCCAGAGCGACUUACAGUUAGUGAGUGCAUACAUGUUUUUUGUGUGUUUUUUUCAGUUUUGAGGCAAGUCUUCUGAUAUCUUCUCAUUCAGACAGAGAUACUGCUUCAGGAAGGUUAAUUUUCACUUUUCAUGCUUUCCUUGUAAUGACAUUCUAGCAGUUCUAUUUUUUGGAGCAUGGUGUGUAUAUCUCAAACAUAUCAAAUUUAAACCUGUGUGGUAUUCCUUUGACUUUUCUCACCCAGUGUGUGUCCUAUUCACUUUUGUACUACCGGAGUGAAGUUGUUAACUCACUUUUGCCCAUAAAUAGGAGAUGUCUGACGACAGGUGGCAGUGGGGUGGGAUGGUGUAUGUACAUGAGCUGAUUGUGUUUUUUGUUGUUGAGAAAAGCCUGACCUGUCCUGACUUUGACCGCAGUGAUGGUAGUUGGUUGGUAACAUGCUGUAUUUUCGGUGGUUCAGUGGGUCUGUUAAAAGUGUGGUUGUUCCGCCCAGCAGGAGCCUUGCUUCAGACUGGCCUAAAAUGGGCAGAAAGGGUGCAGAACAAAAGCUGCUUGUUGCUUGUACAAAAGUACUGAAGCGCUGCAGCCGGGACCAAGCUGCUAUGCUAAUGCCUGUGCCUCUCAACAGGAAAGGUAUAGCAAACUUUCAGAAAAACAACCAGCUAUUUAUACUGUAGCACAUUACAUUAAUAUUUAGCUAACCUGUAGAGAUUCUUCAUCACGAAAUUCUCUUGCCAAUGAAUAGUUUGUCCUUAUGCCACACACUUCAAACAUAACACCACAAAUUAUAAGUUCAUAGAUUUUUUUUAUGUAGUUUUGAUAACUAAAAUUCAUCAAGACAACACAGUAUUUCAUGAUAUCAUGUGUGUUUGUGUUAGAAUGUUACGUUUUUGUGACAGGUUUGUCACCAAUAACACUCUUUCCAUUUCCCUUCACCCCAGAGAGCCAAAAUGUUCCCGAAGGGCACGAAGCGCAAGUUUUCCGACUCCAGGGAGGAACCUGUGGCAGGCGGUGAGGAUGUGAAUCAGUCGAGUUCGGCGGCUGUGAGGAUGCUGUCGUCCUACAGCCUGCAGCGACAGUCCCUGCUGGACAUGUCCCUGAUAAAACUGCAGCUGUGCCACAUGCUGGUGGAGCCUAAUCUGUGCCGUUCAGUGCUGAUUGCCAACACGGUGAGGCAGAUCCAGGAGGAGAUGACUCAGGACGGCACCUGGCAGAUCAUGACCCAGGCCCUGAGUGCUGCCAACGCUGCUGCCCAGUGCUCUGCAGACCGCCUAGUGGCCACUGAGGUGCUGUGUCGGCAGACAGAGGUAGCCCAGGGGGAGCAGGUCCCCAAGCCCUUCCCAGCGGUGGGGUCAGAGGGCUGCCCUGCGGAGGAGGAGGAGGAGGAGGUGGUGGUGGAGGAGGAGGAGGAGGAGGAGGCGGCAGAGGGGGGGAUGACCAUGUCCACGGUCUCCCCCCAAGCCCCAACCUCCUACCUGCCAGGCACCUUUAGCAUGGACCCCUGCUGGGAAGAGGAGGGGACGGGUGAAGAUGAUGAUGAUGAGGAGGACAGUGAGGAGUGUGGGUCUGGAUCGGAGGGGGAGGAGAGGGAGGAGAGGGAGGAGAGGGAGCGUGACAGACUGGUGGAGGACUCCAGGACAGCAGAGCAGGUCUUUGGCACGUUCGAGAUCAAAAACCCUGCGCCCAGCCCCGACCCUGCCCUGGAGGAACUGUUUUCAGACGUGGAUGCGUCUUACUACGACCUUGAUACAGUGCUGACAGGCAUGCAGAGUGUGCCUAAAAUGGGGCCCUACGACCUCCUGGAGAGCCUGUCCUCCCAUGGGCCCUCACCCCUCAGCUCCAGCACCAGCUGCCGAUCAGACCUCAAUGAACUGGACCACAUCAUGGAGAUCAUAGUGGGCUCCUGA